CGGAGGUGCAAAAACGAGGCGACGGCUCCGCCGAGAAGGUGGCAGAUGAUGGAUCAUUCCACGAGUCUGCAACGGGUACCGCCGGGCAGUCCGAGAUGGACUUGUCAACCUAUCAUGAAGACAAUGCCGGUCGUUUGGUCAUCGAUCCCGAGGAAGCUCGGAUCGAGUUCGGAGAGAAGGUAGCUUCAAAGCUCAAGCUCUCUCGGGAUGGGUCGAAGGUCUUGUGGCCGCAGCCGACAGACGAUCCUAACGACCCUCUGAACUGGUCAGAUCGCAAGAAGACCGUACAACUCGCGAUCAUAACCCUUGCUGCUAUCGUCCCCGAUUUCGACUCUGGUAUUGGCAUCGCUGCCAUUUUCGCCCUCGCCCAGCAAUUCCAUACCACUACAGGCGUCAUUAACAACUUGACGAGUAAUUGGAGCAUCUUUCUGCUCGGAUGGGGUGGCCUGUUCGCCGUCAUGCUCAUGCGGCGCUACGGUCGGCUGCCUGUUCUGUUCUGGUCCCAGGUUCUUGCCCUGGGCUUCCUCGUUGGCUGCACCUUUGCCCCUAACCUCAAAACGUUCACGGCUAUGCGUUGUCUGAACGGGUUCUUUGCAACCUGUCCACAAGUGACCGGCCUAUACGUUGUUACCGACUUGUAUCCCUUCCAUAUCCAGGCCCGGAAGCUUAACCUUUGGACAAUGGGCUUCAUCAUUUCACCCUUCAUUUCGCCGUUCCUUUUCGGCUUUGCUGUCGCACGCGUGAAUUGGCGCUGGUCUUACGGCGCCGGUUCGAUCUACGGCGCCGUCGUUGUCGGCCUUAUCGCGCUUUUCAUGGAAGAAACGAUGUACGACCGCACGGUCAAGCCCAACCCUCCCUCGCCGCGCAAACCUGGACUUCGUUAUCACUUGCGCACGCUUGUUGGCCUCACCGGCCUCAGCAUGGCCAAGUACCGCUCUUCGUGGAAGGAGGUCAUCUUCGCGGCAAUCAGCAUCGUGUGGAGACCCCACCUAUUGGGUGUCCUGGUCUUCGAAGCCAUGCUCUUCGGUUUCAGUAUCGGGAUCAAUGUUACGAACGCGGUUUUCUUGGGAACGCCCCCUCCGGUCGGCUUCGGUUUCUCGCAGACCGUCAUCGCGGGGUUGUACGCGACUCCAUUGGUUGCAGUGCUUAUCGGUGAACUCUUUGGUCGGUGGGCGAACGAUUGGAUCAUGAACAGCUACAUUCGACGUCAUCAUGGUGUUUUCGAGGCGGAGGCUCGUCUCUGGGCCUGCUACGUCGCCAUCCCGCUCUACAUCUGUGGCUAUGUGGCACUUGGCGCCGGAAUCCAGAAGCACCUCAAUGUUGCUGCCAUCAUCAUGGGAUGGGGCAUCGCCGAGGUAGCAGUCAUGAUCAACACCGUCGCGAUAUAUGCCUAUGCGAACAACUGCUUCCCCAAGCAUCAAGGAGAAGUCUCCGGUCUCAUCAACCUUUCCAGAACCCUGGGGGGAUUCGCAGUGGCGUAUUUCCAGGUUCCCUGGGCGACGAAGCACGGCGCACUGCAGACGUUUGGUGUGGAGGCCGCGAUUGUGACAGGUCUGUUCGUCCUGAUCGUUCCGGCGCUGCAGCUUAAGGGCGCAGAUCUUCGCCGGCGAUUCAGUGCACACUAAAGAGCGGAUGUGCCGCGUUUUGAUUUUCUGUACUUUAUUAUCUGUACGAUGAUCGCGAUGGAUAAAUGGGGUCCUACCAAUGGUCUACACGAUGGUCAUGUAGUAGCUUUCCCAUCAAGUCAAG